CAGAUAAGAUUGAACGCCAAAAGUAAAAUAGGCUACUUAUGUUUUCCCCCAGGAAAAUAUUUAUAAAAGCAAAGAGGUGCAAGAACACCAGAGAAUUUCUUUCGCUUCCCCAUUACAUUCCGUUUAAGACGAGGCAGUUGAUACUUUACACUUGAGACACGGAUUACACUACUUAAAGUGUUAUACAAUCCACACUAAUGACAUGUCAUUCAAUGGAUCUCGUUAGAACAGUUAUAAGCUUACAAUAAGUGGAACAUGGAUUCCGGAAACUCAUUAUUAGCGAUAGAAACUGGAUUAUUAAUGCCAUUGAAUUAACAAUCGCACAUACUUAAUCGGAUACUCCAAUUAAUUCUUGAAAUUUGCCAUUAGCUCAUUACCUUUCGUCUUGUUCUACAAUUUUGCACUCAACAGGUAUAUAAAGUCAUCAGAACAUUUCAGUUUCAUCAGUUCAUUCUCCGAGUUUGUCUCAGCAAGAACAUUACAUUUCUUCUGAAUAAGCCUUUCUCCAAGAUGAAAUCAUACACGUUUACUAUUUUGCUUGCAGUGAUUUACUCUGUUGCUGCUGAUUUCCACUUACCUGGAGAUGAAGGAUUUGUACCGCCGGCUUCACCAGCGGAUGCGGCUGCUCUUUUACCAGCGGACACAACAGCUCUUUUACCAGCAGUUUCAGAUCUCUCGGCAGCCUUGCCGCCGCUUGCAAAAGAAUUCGGCGUAGAGCCUUCAGCCUCCGACUCAAAUCAUCGCGAAUUUGAAAGGCACCAAUAUACGUUUGCGCAAAUCAACCGGUUGUGUGCAAUGUUGAGGGACUGCAAUCCAGUUCAGUACGGAAGUGCGCCAACGAACUACAACUCAGUUCCGACAACUAAUAAUUAUCCUGCACCUCCUGCACCAAUGCCAGUCAUGCUGCCCCUACUACACCGAUGCCUGCCAUGAGCUAUGCUACACCCACUACACCGAUGUCACCCAUGGACUAUGCUGUACCUACUACACCAAGGCCACCCAUGGGCUAUGCUGCAUCUCCUGCACUUCCUGCUCUUGCUGCACUCCCUGCACCGAUGCUAGGCAUGGGAUAUGCUGCUCCUACUACACCGAUACCAGCCACGGGCUAUGCUGCCCCUACUACACCAAUGCCACCCAUUGGCUAUGCUGCUCCUCCUGCACUUCCUGCACUCCCUGCACCGAUGCCACCCAUGGGCUAUGCUGCAGCUCCUGCACUUCCUACCCCUCCUGCACCGAUGCCUGCCAUGGGCUAUGCUACACCCACUACACCGAGGCCAUCCAUGGGCUAUGCUGCACCUCCUGCACUUCCUGCUCCUCCUGCACUUCCUGCACCGAUGCCACCCAUGGGCUAUGCUACACCCACUACACCGAUGCCACCCAUGGGCUAUGCUGCAGCUCCUGCUCUUUCUUCCCCUCCAGCAUCCAUGCUAGCCAUGGGCUCUGCAACUCCUAUGGUUUAUUCCGUUCCAACAACAGUGGGAAACUCAGCUUCCGCCCAAACGAGCUACAAUGUCCCUGCGCAAAUGUCUUAUUCAGCUACAACAAUCCGUCCCGUAGUGCUCGGUAAUUACUACGUUCCUGCUCCAUCUGCCAUCGUAACACCACCAAAUUACGCUGCAACAGCUCCGAUGACAACUACGGUGCGUCCUCUGAUGCAAAUUUAUGGCGCACCACAGCCUGUGACAAUGGCACCUUAUCCAGUCACCACUAUGCGUCCACCUACACCGUACAGUUACGGAGCACCGCAGCCCGCACCAAUGGCGUAUCCAGUUACUACAAUGCGCCCUCCCACACCAAUCAGUUACGCCGCACCAUCACCUUCUACGACUCCUUCUCGUCCAUACCCGAUCAGAGUCUCUUCAGGCUAUUGA